AUGAAGGAGAUCUCCUUCCACUUGCACAUUCUGCUUUUAUGCAUAGCCAGCGGAGCAAGUGCAUGGGCAGUGAAUAAUUCCGCCGUACUUCAAUCACCACCAGCCGCCAAUAUCACAGAUAUUGGCUCAGCGCUGAAGCUUCACGUAGAGUCAGCGAAUAUCCCAAAAGCCAGACGAAGACGUUACAUUUCGCAGAACGAUAUGAUCGCGAUCCUAGAUUACCAUAAUAAAGUAAGAGGACGUGUCUUUCCACCGGCUUCUAACAUGGAAUAUAUGGUUUGGGAUGAAAAUCUCGCAAAAUAUGCUGAGUCUUGGGCCUCAGCAUGUCUGUGGGAACAUGGACCCCAGUACCUUCUGAGAUUCCUUGGUCAGAACCUCUCUGUCAGAACUGGACGUUACCAAUCCAUUCUUCAGCUGGUAAAGCCUUGGUAUGAUGAAGUCAAGGACUAUGUUUUUCCAUAUCCUCGUGACUGCAACCCCAGAUGCCCCCUGAAGUGCUAUGGAGCCAUGUGCACUCAUUAUACACAAAUGGUGUGGGCCACAUCAAACAGAGUUGGAUGUGCUGUGCAUACAUGCCAUAAUAUGAAUGUAUGGGGGGCUGUGUGGAAGAGGGCAACAUACUUGGUGUGCAAUUAUUCACCAAAGGGGAACUGGAUUGGAGAGGCUCCGUACAAAGUAGGUGUUCCAUGUUCAGCGUGUCCUCCAAGCUAUGGAGGCUCAUGCAGCAACAACAUGUGCUUUCCUGCUGUCAACUCAAACUACCUACACUGGUUCAAAUAAGCACAGCUCACAAUGCACAAGCUAGCACCCCACCAGAAAGACAUUUGUCAAAGGAUUUGCACAGCAUUCCUAUAUCACUAUUAUUUUGUAUAUAUGGGAAUAUUUAAAAUAUGACCAUACUGUACUUUGAAAGGCGGCAAAUACUAUUUUGAUGACAGUAAUAUAAUUCUAUGUUGCUUUAAGUGUACAUACAAUGAAUUAUUGAUAUUCGGUGUAUGCAAUAAUCUGUGGUUUAUUUGUAUGUUGGAUUAUGUGGAUUUGGAGCAGCAAGGAUUUAUCUUGUUGAAAACAAAAGCUGAGUGUGUUAUUCUGAAAAUGGUGCUGAUAAUAUGAAACAGUUGUUUUGUAACAUGUGAAACAACUAGCUUU